UCUCUCACUGUAUAUCAGGACUAGGCUACUGGAUAAUAUGAAAGCCCUAUUGCUUGCUGUUUGUUUAGUUUCAGUGAUGAUCACACGUGGAGCCUCUGAAGAUGGACCCCCUGCUUCUCUGACAGUCUGGCCUGACAGAAGACAACACUUAAGGGGUGAAAAGUUCUCCCUUCGCUGCUCAGUAAAUGAUGGGAAUUCAACAGGCUGGAUGUUGCUGAGGCUUCAGGGAGGGGUUGUGAGCUCUGGUUGUUUGCAGUUCAAUGGCACAGAAUCUACAGGCAGGCCUGAAGAGUGUGGAUUUACAGACAUCGACAGUAAGAACAGCGGAUUGUACUGGUGUCAGGGUCCUGAUAUAGACCAGAAAAGCAACUCUGUUAACAUCACUGUGAGCUAUGGUGAGGUGCAUCUCCUGAGCCCAGUUCUCCCAGUGAUGAAAGGAGAUUCAGUAACUCUGCAAUGCAAUGUCAAGUUGUAUGAGUUUAACCAGAUUAUAUUCUACAAAAAUGGUGUCAAAGUCCUGUCACAAAGAGGCACUCAGAUGACAAUUGAGAAUGUCACCCAAGCAGAUGAGGGCUUCUACAAGUGUGCUAUCGCCAAUUCAACUUUGGAGAGUCUAGAAAACAGGCUUUCAGUUAGAGAGAACUCAACAGCUGACUCAAGUGACGAAAAGCCAUCUUCAGGAUCCCUGGUGUGGUUGUCAGUGCUCUGUAUAAUCUUGGUUCUUCUGGUGGUUCUUCCUGUGCUCUGGCUGAUGUUUCCAGGUCAAAGAGAGAAAUUUCUCGCCAGUUUGAAUGGGGCAUCUAGAAGAGAAAGGAUCCAACAGGAAAUGCCUAAAACCAAGCAGGACGUGACUGAAGUCCAGUGGGAUCUUCCCUGGAUGGAGAUGGACAAUCUGUUGGACAAGCAACAACAUCCUGGCAGCUGAACAUUCUUAUAAAAAACAUUAAGAUAUGCGUUCCUUCGCGUGUUCUUCAAGUUAGAAAAUAGAAAACUGUGUUCCAUAAGUUAUGGAAAAUAUGACAGGUUAAUAAGAGACAUUGAUAUUUACUGCACAUUAUAUUAUAUUUUUGUAUGUCUGUUAAAUCUUAUUUAAUAAAUGAUGCUAUCAUCUAUUGUAUCA